AGAUAUACUGAGCGAGCCCUGAGAAGCAGUCUCAGAUCCUGACGGUGCAGCAGCCCGCAGCCUCAGCCAGGGAGUCCCAGCCGCUUUCAAUGGAGGAGAAGCCCGGCCAGCCACAGCCUCAGCACCAUCACAGCCACCACCAUCCGCACCACCAUCCCCAGCAGCAGCAGCAGCAACAGCCACACCACCAUCACCAUUAUUAUUUCUACAACCAUAGCCACAACCACCACCACCACCACCACCACCAGCAGCCUCACCAGUACCUGCAGCAUGGAGCCGAAGGCAGCCCCAAGGCCCAGCCAAAGCCGCUGAAACAUGAGCAGAAACACGCCCUCCAGCACCAGGAAACGCCGAAGAAGAAAACAGGUUAUAGUGAACUAAAUGGUAAUGCUGGAGAAAGAGAAAUACCUUCAAAGAACCUGGGUUCUGAUGAAGCAACCAACCCUUUUUCCAGGGUCCUCAAUGGCAACCAGCAAGUUAUGGACACUAAUGUGAAGCAGACUGUGAAGUCCAGCACCUUUGGGAGAGCAGGAAUUAAAACCAAGAAUUUCAUUCAGAAAAACAGUAUGGACAAAAAGAAUGGAAAGUCUUAUGAAAACAAAUCUGGAGAGAACCAAUCUAUAGACAAGACGGAUACUGUAGCAAUUCCAAAUGGUGUUGUAACAAGUAAUUCUGGCUAUAUUACUAAUGGUUAUAUGGGCAAAGGGGCAGAUAAUGAUGGCAGUGGAUCUGAAAGCGGAUAUACCACUCCUAAAAAAAGGAAAGCUAGGCGCAAUAGUGCCAAGGGUUGUGAAAACCUUAAUUUAGUGCAAGACAAAAUAAUGCAACAAGAGACCAGUGCCCCACCCUUAAAACAAGGACUUGAAACUUUCAAGCCUGACUAUAGUGAACAAAAGGGAAAUCGAGUAGAUGGUUCGAAGCCCAUUUGGAAGUAUGAAAGUGGACCUGGAGGAACAAGUCGAGCAAAACCUGUGGGUGAUAUACUUCGGAAAAGCUCUGAUAUUAAACCUGGUGUGAGCAGCAAAAAGUUUGAUGAUCGACCCAAAGGAAAGCAUGCUUCAGCUGUUGCCUCCAAAGAGGAUUCAUGGACCCUAUUUAAACCACCCCCAGUUUUUCCAGUGGACAAUAGCAGCGCUAAAAUAGUUCCUAAAAUAAGUUAUGCAAGCAAAGUUAAGGAAAACCUCAACAAAACUGUACAGAAUUCUUCUGUGUCUCCAUCUUCAUCUUCAUCCUCUUCGUCAUCUACUGGGGAAACUCAGACCCAGUCUUCAAGUCGGUUAUCCCAGGUCCCUAUGUCUGCGCUGAAAUCUGUUACUUCUGCCAACUUCUCUAAUGGGCCUGUUUUAGCAGCGACUGAUGCAAGUGUGUAUUCUUCGGGGGGUCAGCCACUGCUAACUACUGCUGCUAAUACACCCAUUUCUUCUGGAACUGAUUCAGUUCUCCAGGACAUGAAUUUAACUUCAGCAGCUGUUGAACAAAUUAAGUCUAGCCUUUUUAUCUAUCCUUCAAAUAUGCAAACUGUGCUUUUGAGCACAGCACAAGUAGAUCUGCCCUCUCAGACAGAUCAGCAAAACCUGGGGGAUAUCUUCCAGAAUCAGUGGGGUUUAUCAUUUAUAAAUGAGCCCAGUGCUGGCCCUGAGACUGUUAUCGGGAAGUCAUCUGAUCAUAAAGUAAUGGAAGUGACAUUUCAAGGGGAAUAUCCUGCCUCUUUGGUUUCACAGGGUGCUGAAAUAAUCCCCUCAGGAACUGAGCAUCCUGUGUUUCCCAAGGCUUAUGAGCUGGAAAAACGGACUAGUCCUCAAGUUCUGGGUAGCAUUAUAAAAUCUGGGACUACCAGUGAGAGUGGAGCCUUAUCCUUGGAACCUAGUCAUAUAGGUGACCUGCAAAAAGCAGACACCAGUAGUCAAGGUGCUUUAGUGUUUCUCUCAAAGGACUACGAGAUAGAAAAUCAGAAUCCUUUGGCCUCUCCCACGAACACCUUGUUAGGUUCUGCCAAAGAACAGAAAUACCAGAGAGGCCUAGAAAGGAAUGAUAGCUGGGGUUCUUUCGACCUGAGGGCUGCUAUUGUAUAUCACACUAAAGAAAUGGAAUCUAUUUGGAAUUUGCAGAAGCAAGAUCCCAAAAGGAUAAUCACUUACAAUGAAGCCAUGGAUAGUCCAGAUCAAUGAAGGUAGCAGGACCAGACUGCCUAUUGGUAAUCUUUCUGCAGCAUUAGAGCCACCGUUCAUGGGGGACGCAAGGCUUUUUAUGCUCCUAGAUCUUCAACACAGCAGAGGAACCAUAAGUAGAAUCACAGGAUAAUAUAUACAAAUAUAUAUAUAUAUAAAUAUAUAUAUAUAGUUAUUUAAAAAAAAAAAGGCAACUGAAAGUAAUUAGACUUCUUAAGGAAUCAAAAAAUUAUUUCAAGAGACUACACAUGGUUAUUUAAUCUUUGGUACCGAAUAGUUUUUCUCUCCUCCCUCUUUUGUUAGUUUUUGUUUUUAAGAGUGAAUGCAAGUGAUUAAUGAAUACAGACUUAAGUGUGGUUCUAAAGUUCCUGCUGUCAUCAACUUGGGCAACAAAUGACCCACUGGAAAGGCAAAUCCACUUAAAAGAUUUCUGUAUCUUGUUCUGUGACUAAAAUGAUACACUAAUCACGGGGAACCCAGAAUGAUUCAACAUUUCCCCAUUCCGCCCUUGAUCUUUUGGUUGUACUUUGAACCCUGCGAGAAUGCUGGAUAAAUGCCUUGAAGUUUGCAGGGGUAUAUUUUUUUAGCGAAUAUGAUUUGCAUGUCUUGCCAGGAGUUAAGCUCAGCCUCUGUGGGGUGUUGGGGAAAUACUUUUCUUUUUCUUUUAUUUUUUUGUAGGGUGGGGUUAGGGGGGAGGGCAUUAAAAUUCUACAAUUCUGGAAUAGUUGGUGGUACAUGCAUAUUCACUUGGCUUUGGUUACACAUUGGACUUUUACAACUGAAGAAUCCAUGAGAGUCAUUUUUUAAAAGUUGCAGAACAAGCGAUUGGCUUAGGUAUUUAAUAUGAGAAAAAUACCCCAAUUCCCAUAUUUUAAUGUAAUUGUAUAACUGGGAGCAAAAACAUUUUGCUUUUCAACUGUAGGUGCUCCAGACUUGCUCUCUCUCAGUAACACUAAAUGUGCUGUUUUCCUUGUUUUUCAUCAAACAUCUGAAGAGGAACUACUGUAUCUCUCUGUAAAGUCUCUCCCUUUUAAUUUCUCAGAAAAAUCAAAAAGAGGAAGAAGGAAAAGACAUAUGAAACAAAAAAUGUUCAUAUUUUUAGCCAAUGAGGAGGUAAUAAACCUUGCCUAGAGAAGGUGUUUUCAUGCUAACUAUACUUCUGAGCUUUUUAGCUUCUAUCUUAAUAUAUUUUAUUACUAGA